ACACUUAAUCACAACCGUAGAGCAUAACACACACACAAUUUCCCCCCACAUCUCACCACACUGCAUAACCAAACUCCUCUAAAAACUCUUAAACCCUAUGACAUUAGGUUUGUGCAUUUCUCCUGCUGAAAAAGAACAAAUUAAUUCAAUCACAAAAUCAACAAUAUUUUUUUCAAAAAACCAAUUUUAAUUAGACCCGGUUGGAUUUAGAGUCUGAUAUUUUCGAAUGGAAAUCGGAGGAAGCAGUGAAAGCCAAAAUGAAACAAAGAAAGGCAAAUCAAAGACUCCAAGGAAACCCAAAGAAAGCCUUCUCAAACAAAAAUCUCCAGCUGAAUUUUUCGCAGAGAACAAGAACAUUGCCGGGUUUGAUAAUCCAGGGAAAUCUCUUUAUACUACAGUGAGAGAACUUGUAGAAAAUUCGCUUGAUUCGGCGGAAUCGAUAUCGGAACUUCCUGUCGUAGAAAUUACGAUUGAGGAGAUAGGGAAAAGUAAGUUUAAUUCAAUGAUUGGUCUUGUUGAUCGAGAGCGUGUUGAUGCGCAACUUUAUGAUGACUACGAGACAGCUAAGGCUCGCGAGAAAAGAUUGGCGAAGGAAGCUCGUGCUCAAGAAGUGCAAGCGAAGAAUGCUGCUCUUGGGAAGAAAGUAAAAGAACAAUCGACUAUUAAGGGCAUGAAGGGUCGAGGUGAGGCCUCAUUUUACAGAGUCACAUGCAAGGACAAUGGAAAAGGAAUGCCACAUGAUGAUAUCCCAAAUAUGUUCGGACGAGUUUUGUCCGGGACAAAGUAUGGUCUCAAGCAGACUCGUGGCAAGUUUGGUCUUGGUGCCAAAAUGGCAUUGAUAUGGUCAAAAAUGAGUACAGGGCUUCCUAUAGAGAUCUCGUCAUCAAUGAAGGCCCAAAGCUAUAUUUCAUUCUGCAGGCUGGAUAUAGAUAUUCAUCGGAACAUUCCUCACAUUCAUUUACAUGAAAAACGGAACAAUGAUGAUUGUUGGCAUGGAGCUGAAAUUCAAGUUGUUAUUGAGGGAAAUUGGACAACUUAUCGUUCCAAGAUAUUGCAUUACAUGCGGCAAAUGGCUGUUAUCACUCCUUAUGCCCAAUUUCUUUUCAGAUUUAUGUCAGAUGCACCAGAUAAGAAUGUUACUAUAAAAUUUGCACGGAGAACUGAUGUGAUGCCUCCAGUUCCUCUCGAGACAAAACACCAUCCAUCAUCUGUUGAUUUACUGCUGAUCAAACGCCUCAUUGCGGAAACUUCAAAACAGAAUCUUUUGCAGUUUCUACAGCAUGAAUUUGUAAACAUAGGAAAGUCACAUGCUGAACGAUUAAUUGGGGAAAUGGGUCCAGAAUUUAGCCCAAAAAUGGUUGUAAAGUCUCUGACUGAUCAGCAGAUAGUUCGCAUCAAUCAGUUGUUUCGCCAAGCCAAGUUUGACGACCCUACUGGUGAUUGUCUUAGUCCUGCAGGGGAAUACAAUCUUCGUCUUGGAAUUAUAAAGGAGCUGCAUCCAGAUAUGGUUGCAACUUAUUCAGGCAGUGCUCAAGUAUUUGAGGGUCACCCAUUUAUUGUAGAAGCUGGUGUCAGUGUGGGUGGAAAGGAUGUUAAGCAAGGCUUGAAUAUAUUUCGAUUUGCAAACCGCAUUCCACUUCUAUUUGAGCAAGGUGCAGAUGUUGUCACCAGGACUGCACUUAAGAGAAUCAAUUGGGGGAGUUACAAGAUUAACCAGACGCAGGACAAAAUUGGUGUCUUUGUCAGUGUCGUGAGCACAAAAAUCCCCUUUAAAGGGACUGGCAAGGAGUAUAUUGGAGAUGAUAUUAAUGAGAUAGCUACAGCUGUGAAGUCUGCCAUUCAGCAAUGCUGCAUCCAGCUAAAAUCCAAAAUUAUAAAGAAAAUGCUGGCCCGUGAGCAACAGGAGAGAAAACGAAAUCUAAGCAGGUAUAUUCCUGAUGCUACCAAUGCUGUAUAUGAUGUUUUGAAAUACAUGUCACAAUCACAUGCAUCAAAGAAGAAGCGUUACAGCGGUGAGGAAGCGGAAAUACUUGGCAACAUAACAGCUAAUUUGAUAACAAAAGAGACAAUCAAGGAAAAGCUUGCUGAGCAUGUUGAAAAGGUGGACCAUGAAAUGGCAUUGGAAUAUGCGACACAAAGUGGAGUGACCGAAGAACCAAGAGAAGAUAUAUUCAUCCAAACCCUUGAUCCUGAAAAUAAGUUCAUCGAAUUCCAAAGUCCCAUCUUUGUUUUCAGACUAGUAUGUUAGGAAUGCGUCCGCAUUUACUUCGAAUACCUUCAUCCUCUGCUUGCUAUAGAUUCAAAACUCUGGUUACACAGUCGAUUUCAUUGUUUACUUGUAUCUGAUUAAACUGCAGCCUUAAGAUCAAAUGUGAUUGUAUGAAUUAUCUGUUAAAACUGCUGUUGUAUUUACAAUUUGAAGCAUGAUAGAUAUUGUAACAGAAGAAA